AUGCAGCACAAAUCUGUGUUCGAGUAUCCAGAGCUCCUGCAUGUCCUGGCUCCUCUCCUUUCUCCUGCCACGCUCGCAACCUGUCUUUGCCUGAACAAAUCCAUUUGUAAAACAUUGCUGCCAUAUCUCUACCACCACAUUACCAUUGAUCACUACGCUACAUACAAGGAUGCUUUUCUAAAGUCGUUUUUAACUUUGUCACCUGAAGCUGCAUCAACAUCAACAAAGACAGUCUCUCAUGAUGACAAGAAUGAUCCCUUGAAUCAUACAAAACCGUGCUCGUUUGUUCACCUGGAGAACUGGGGUCACAUGGUGCAUUCAUUAUGUCUUUUUAUGGAUGAAGAUCUUCCAGAUGAAAGCCAUGCCAUUUUCCUCAACUCAGAUUUUGAUCCUUUUAACUACCCUGACAAUCUCUCACAACCAUCAUUCUCAGCCUCAUCACCAGUUCGGGAAGGCAGACUACAUGAUGUAUCAGAGUCACAGAUUCAGAUGGCGAUAUUGUCAAAGAUCUUGUAUCUGUGUCCAAACUUGAGAACCUUGCAGAUUUGUGUCAAGGAUGCUCCGUUAGUCAAGCAACUUGAAGAUCUGCAGUUUCAGCUGUAUAGACGACAGAUAAGAUUUAAUUUUCCGUAUUUAAAGGACAUCAAAAUAUCAAGACUCUUAAAAACAAUUGCGGCUGCUACUGUUCCCAUUCCUAUUAUUACCAACGCCUCUAUAAUGAACGUAAUGACGAGUGCAUCCACUAUUAAGACCGCUCACGCAGCUACGAAUGUCAUGACCACUACCAACUAUACAGCCGUUGAACAUUCUUACAGUAGUCUUUCCAAACUAGUCAUCUUGGAUUCGGAAGGAUUUGAUAUUUGGUCUGUCGAAGCUAUUGUCCACCCAAGGAUGUCUUCAUCACUUCGAACACUGCACUUGGUCGGAUGUAGGCAGCUUACAGCUCCUCUUAUCCAUCGGUUGCUCCAAUCACUUCCCAAUUUAAAAGAUGUCGACUUUCGAACUCACUCUUCUCUUCCAAUAAUUGGACAAGGACCAUUAUCCCUGACAUCAUCGAUUAGUCUGGAGGGCCAAAUAAAUUUAGAACUACAUCGACAGCCUCAUCUCCAGAAUGAAUAUUUGAAAUUGGCAGAAAGUCAUCUACCUUUGUGGUCUUGUUAUGACCAGCUAGAAAUCCUUCGAAUCAGCGUACCUGGAAUGAGGGUGGAUCGUCAGUUCAACAAGCUUAGACUAUUAGAUGUACUGGAUACGCUCCUCGAGCCUGUGGCUUCUACGCAUGUGGCGCCUUCAGAAUACUUUACAUGGUUCUCUAACCAAGUUGGUCACCUGAAGCGACUGAAAGUGUUGCAGCUACAAAGUCCACCUCAAAUGCCUAAUAUACAGUCACUAUUGCUUACAUUGGAUACAGAACUCGGUCUGUGGAAGGACCUCAAGAGCCUAGAGGUCUUGGAUGUGACAGAGAUUCAUCAUCACAUUGGUCUUGAGGAAGUCAGAUGGAUGAGCGAGCAUUGGCCUAGUAUAAGGAUGAUUAAGGGACUAAAGCGAGCUUCAGACAUUGCUGAACCAGAGAGUGUGAGAUGGUUGGAAGAGAAGCGUCCAGCUAUUGUUUUGGAAUCAUAA